AUGGUUGUGCCCCAGAUGCUUUAUGGCUGGUCGGCAUGGCACAUCCCAGGAAGCAGCUACACAAGCAGAGGAGGGGCUAUGACAAGCACUAUCCAGAGGAUCCAGAGGCGUGCAGCUCAGAUCAUCACCGGAGCCUUUCGGACAACGGCUGGUGCAGCAUUGGACAUCGAAUCUCAUCUUCUCCCGGUGCAACAACAACUUGAGCAAACCGCAUUGGAAGCCACAAUGCGUAUGAGGAGCACCCCGCUAUACGUCGACAUGGCCUCAACAACGGUCGACCGGAGUAGCCAUCAGAGCCCCCUCAACCGCUUCUCUAGCAUGCUGGAACAUAAAUUCAAGGUGCGGCUUGACCGGCUGGAAAAACGUGUACCGCAUGUGGUGCCGCCAUGGUAG